AUGGGGGAAAACCUGAAUCCGGAAAUCGUUUCCGACGGGUCUCGAGUAAAGGCGUCGUCAAAGGGUCAAGGGACAAGCACGGACAAUACUCCUUCGUCCAAACGGCGCUGUGUAAGCACAGCAUGCAUCGCCUGCCGUAGGCGAAAAUCAAAGUGCGAUGGAAACCUUCCGAGCUGCGCGGCUUGUUCCUCUGUCUAUCAUACAACAUGUGUCUAUGAUCCAAACUCCGACCAUCGCCGUAAGGGAGUCUACAAGAAAGAUACAGAUACUCUGAGGACAAAAAACUCUACUUUGCUUACUUUAAUCCAAGCACUGCUCAACUAUGAGGAAGAAGACGCCUUUGAUUUGGUCCGCCAAAUAAGGUCCUGUGAUAACUUGGAGGAUGUGGCACAAUCACUAUUAAAUCGAGAUAAAACAACCUCAAUUUUAUCCACGGACCCUGCCUCGGCCGAGGACGACACUCUUGCUCAAACUGACCAGUUCGAGUCUGAAUUGGCGGGGAAAAUGAGCAAUCUUGUCCUCGACGGAUCGCGCAAGUUUAUUGGCGGGACAUCAAAUCUCAUCUUCUUGCCUCCAGGGUCAGAACUCAACGAGUUCAAUUCUGGUCUUGAUAGUCAGCGGUUUGAUGGGGCCCCUGAGGGGGGUUCCGUCACACAAUGGACAAAGGUCACCAAUGAUGAACAGCUCAUUAGCCACCUAAUGACCAUGUAUUUCACAUGGCAUUAUCCCUUCUUCACGACACUCUCUAAGGAGCUUUUCUACCGUGACUACGUUCGUGGGGUGUCCAGCCAGUAUUGCUCUUCGUUAUUAGUCAACACAAUGCUCGCUCUGGGCUGCCACUUCAGCUCAUGGCCUGGAGCACGUGGGGAUCCCGACAACUCUGCGACAGCUGGAGAUCACUUCUUCAAGGAGGCGAAAAGACUCAUCCUUGAGAAUGACGAACUUGUCAACUCAAAGCUCUGCACCGUGCAAGCCUUGGCCCUUAUGUCCGUGCGAGAGGCCGGGUGUGGACGCGAGGGAAAGGGCUGGGUUUACAGCGGAAUGAGCUUCCGGAUGGCGUUUGACCUCGGACUAAACCUCGAGUCCAACGGUUUAGGGUCACGCGAUCUUAGUGAGGAGGAAGCCGACGCACGGCGCAUCACUUUCUGGGGCUGUUUUCUCUUUGAUAAGUACGACACUAUAAAGACAUAUUGGUUGAAGGUCGCUAACCACAAUAGGUGCUGGUCGAACUACCUUGGUCGACAACCCCAAUUCACAAAUGCAAAUACGAAUGUUGCGAAUGUGGAUAUCCUACCAAAUGAAGAAUCUGCCUUGUGGUUUCCUUACACAGAUACCGGGCCAAGUCGGGAAUAUACGCAACCUUCGCGAACAAGAGCUGUGGCAGUUCAGCUUUCCAAGCUAUGUGCUAUUAGUGGCGAUCUUCUCGCAUUUUUCUAUGACCUCACUCCGAAAGAGAAGUCGACGUCCAAACAACUAGAGCUGAAGAAACUCAGCGAGAUUCACACUCGACUAGAAGCUUGGAAGAAAGGGUUGCCAAGAGAACUCGAGCCACGAGAGGGUCAACUUCCUCAGGCCCUACUUAUGCACAUGUUCUAUCAACUCCUCCUGAUCCACCUUUAUCGCCCCUUCUUGAAAUACUCAAAAUCAACGUCCCCACUACCUCAACAUGUUUCGCCUCGCAAACUAUGCACACAAGCUGCUGCCGCCAUCUCAAAGCUCCUUCGACUUUAUAAGCGCACCUAUGGCUUCAAGCAAAUAUGCAACAUUGCAGUCUAUAUUGCGCAUACGGCCUUGACAAUCCACCUUCUCAACCUACCUGAGAGGAAUGCCCAAAGAGACGUCAUACAUGGCCUUAGACACCUUGAGGAAAUGGGAGAGUUCUGGCUCUGUGCCCGACGUACGCUACGCAUACUUGACAUAUCCGCAAGUAAGUGGCAAGUUCAACUCCCGAAAGAAGCUGUUGUUGUCUUUGAACAAACGCAUGCGCGGUGGGGAUCAUGGGGUCCAUGGGAUCAAGCGGUAUCCCCCUCAGCCUCUGAAGAGUCACCACCAAACGUCACCGUUCCACCCACUGAGACGAACGUUACAAAUAUGUCGCCGCCUACAAGGAAUGCUAUCAGAAAACCGGCGGCUAAUCCCACACUUCAUUCUCCAAUCCUGGCGGGGCCAAUGGGCGCCCCCUACACGUCCACGCCUCCAGUCCCUCUUUCCAUAUCCGCUAUGCGCUCAGCUCAGAGAUCUUUUAGUGCUCAGCUCGCUCGGACGGAAACACGACAGCCUGAGCCCACAUACUUACGACCAGUAUCCAGCGCUUACAGUUCCGCUGCGUCUGGUACACCUUUAGCGCACGAGCAAUGGUACGAUCCCAACGAGGCGCAAAUGCGUGCUUAUAGUGCCAAUCACAACGUCUCUACCACAACCACCUCUUCUCCAAUGACCACAUUUGAUGCCUCGGAGAACCUCGUUGAGGAGAGUCAAGACUGGUGGUCUCGCGAUGUUGGCUCGCUGAAUCUCGGCAACGAGGACUGGGCGCAGGGCUGGAACAACAGUCUCCCUAGCACAUCUCCUGAUUGGCGUUAUGAUAACAACGUUCCCAAUAUCCCUUCCACGUCUAGGCCCGAUUCGAAUUUCAGGCCUCCACAGUCGGCCAGAAUUCUGACAGGGAUCCCUCCCAACCUCGCGGGUUCAAACCACGACCCAAAUGUUCCGCGUGAUAGCAGCACGCCAGGCACAAUGGUCUUCCCGGGCAAUUAUCAGCGAUAG